CACGGUGCCAUUUCUGAUUGCUAUCUUUCAAAACACUUCUUUUUCCUGUGCCCUUCAGGAGAUUAUAAUAGCUUGCAGUUCAGUCUCUAAGGGCUUUCCUAAUUGAUCUUUCUCCUCAAACAAAAUAAGCAGUGAUCCCUGCAUUUCUGAAGAAGACCUCAAGAUCUGGACUUGUGGGGAAUUUCAGCAAGACAGACCUUGAGAGAUGGAGACAGAAUGCAAGAGAAUUCUUCUGCUGAAAGGGCUUCAGCCCCUCAACGACGACCAGUUUAGCAUGGUUAAGUCCCUGCUGGACUCUGAUUUGGGACUGACUUCAAAAAUGAAAGAAGACUAUACCAAGGUCAAGAUUGCUGACAUGAUGCACAAGAAGUUCCGGGGGAUUCUCUGUGUGAACAAACUCCUGAGGCUGCUCAAAGACAUAGAAGGACUAGAAGACACUGUGAAAACUAUUAAAAAUGAGAAGAGAAAAGUUAUGAAGAAGUACAAAACUCAGGGACUGGCUCCAGUGAAGAAAAGAAAGCAGGAGGCGUCCAGUACUGUUGAAUCGACAUCCACCGCAAACAAGGCUUCACGGCCAGUGGAUGAUACACUUGUGUCGAAGAAAAGGAAAACUAAAACCACAAGCAACAAUAAAUCUAACAAGACACAGCCAACGUCGGAAUGGGUUCAGCUUGGACAACCUUCCGUCACAGGUGCCCUGUCACCUGAGAGCUUCUCUCAGCCUCCUCGGAUCCUCCACCAAGCUCCAGCUGCAGUUUCCGACCAAGGGUCCCAAAAAAAGAAAACGCAAAACACAAAUACUGCAAAAUCUGAGAUGAUGCAGCCAACGCUGGAAUGGGGUCAGCUUGGACAACCUUCCGUCACAGGUGCCCUGUCACCUGGGUCCUUCUCUCAGCCUCCUUGGAUGCCUCCAUCAACGCCAGGCAGCAGUUUCUCGACCAAGAAACCAAGAUUGAAGUCUGUACCUACAAAAGCUUCCAGAGAAGAGGGUUUACAGACAUGCGCCAAGGAAGUGAUGGUGCUGAAAGCCACAGAGCCAUUCGCAUAUGACAUCACAGACGAGGAGAGAAAGAUGUUUCAUGCCACUGUGGUUACUGAGAGCCAGUUCUUUCGAGUGAAGGUUUUUCAUGUCGGCCUGAAGGACAAGUUCAUACCAAAGAGAGUCAUCACCUUAGCAGAUUAUAUUGGCCGCAACGGGUUCCUGGAGGUGUACGAUGUCUCUUCUGUGUCUGAUGUCAGUGCUGACCGAAAGAUGGAGGUCUCAAGCAGACUGAUCCAAAAUGCAAAUGCAACUCCUAAAAUCAAGGAGCUUUGCUCGGAAGAGCCAGGAACAUUUGUGAGUGGGGCGUAUCAGGUGCAUAAGAAAAUGGUGUUGGAUCAAUGCAUCACUUUGUAUGAAAUACAAGAUGAUACGGGGACGAUGGACGUCUUGGUGUAUGGACGACUGACCAAAGUCAACUGUGAGGAAGGCGAUAAACUCACACUCAUCUGCUUUGAACUAAGUGGGGAUCCAAGACAGCUGAGAUCUGUAACUCACAGCUUCAUCAAGGUCAUCAAGCCCAGGAAAAACAAGAAACAACAACUCAACCCUGAUUUGUAUAUGAAAACCCCAGCAUAAUGUCCUUCCAAAAACCUGGAUGCCAUUAACGAUGCACAUGGAAAUAAAAUCCAAAUACAGAAAAGCUAUAUAUGUACAUGAUAGAAAUUCAGUGAUAGGUAUACCAGCUGUUAAUUCUAGGAAAUAGAGUGUUAAUGGAUACUUUUAUUUUCUUUUUAUAUUUUUCUGUGCCACCCUAAUGCCAUAUUUUGCAUGUAUAAUUUUUAUAAUUUGGGAAAAAAUAAUAAACUUUUUUUGC